UUUUUUCUUUUUAUACUCUCUUAAAUAAGUAGCUAACGCCUCCUGAAUUUUCUCGCUAAAUCUCAACCAAAAACACCGCUUCUUUGGAGUAACAAAAUUCAGCAAGUAUGGAAGCCAACAGGGGCCAGAAUGGAAUUCAACUGCUGCUAGCUGCCGAACAAGAAGCUCAGCACAUCGUCAAUACUGCAAGAAACGCAAAAAUGGCUAGACUGAAACAGGCCAAGGAAGAGGCAGAGAAAGAGAUUGCUGAAUAUCGUGCUCAAGUGGAGUAUGAGUUUCAGAAGAAGGUAGCAGAGAGUAGUGGAGACUCGGGGGCUAAUGUGAAGCGACUUGAGCAAGAAACAGAUGCAAAGAUCAAUCACUUGAAGAAUGAAGCUGCCAGGAUAUCGCACGAUGUUGUACAGAUGCUUUUGAAGCAUGUGACAACCGUGAGGAACUAGGAUCAUCUCUAGGGCUGAUGGUAAAUUGUCCACAACCAUCAAUGAGGGUUCUUUUUUUUCAUCUCAAAACUUAGAGCUCAUGCUUGGAAACGAUUUUAUGUUAUUAUAUCAUUUGUCGUUAUUUUAUUUGUGCCAUGCAUUUGUUGAUCAUGUUCCUGUUCUGAAAUAAAGUUCAAUGUGUGCAGUUUGCCCCAA